AAGGCGUGGCUUCGAGUCACAUGACCGGGGCGACGCAAGCACGUGCUUCCUGUUUCCAGCUGCACGUUCUGUGUGUACCUCGCUAGCCCAGUGCUGCCCCGUCUCAAUUCUGAAGCAAUUUUUACAUUUUAAAAAUGCCGAAAACCAAACAGUCAAAGAGAAGAAAGCAGUUCGACUACAACACUGACCGGAAGAAGCUGAAAAAGAAGUUUCUAAAGAAGGCCAACCCGAGGAUUAAUCAUGCUCAGAUCAGGAAUGCCUGGGACAACAACAAAUCCAUGGCCAGGAACCUGCAGGAGAUGGGUCUGUCGUUUGAUCCCAACCGGACUCUGCCCAUAAAGAAACAGACACUCCUGGGAGGAGACACCGAUGACAGGCGACCUGCCCACAUCGUCACCAAACCUUACAUCCUCACCAAGCUGCAGGAGGAGGCCAGCCUUCAGGAGAAGGACUCCAAGACGUUGUCGUCCGACCUGAUCGAGUACGUCCAGCACAUGAUCCGAGAACAUAAGGACAACUACAAGGCGAUGGCUCGAGAUGAGAAGAACUAUUACCAGGACACACCCAAACAGAUCAAGAGAAAAAUCAACGAGUACAAGCGCUGCCACCCGCAGCACUAUGAAGCCUUUGUCAGCUCGCUUGCUGCUCUGGAGCCCAUGGAUCAGUAGACUGAACACCAGAGCCACACAGCUCACUGUUUGUUGGAAAAUCUGAUGAACAAGCAGAUACUCUGUGUUUGUGCUUUCUCUGUUUGUAUUUUUUCUAUUUCUUAAAAACUGCUUUGUAAUUUAUCAUAAACGGCUCAAAACCUGUUGGCUCUAGCAGUGUUACAGCAUCAGUUCAGUGAAAUCACAACAGCGCUGCUGUGAAUGCAGCCUAAAACUCAUGACUAUAGGUUGAUGAAAAGCUAAGAAUAGAUACUCUGGAUCUCUGUUUCCUCACUUCCUAACUCCCAGCCACCAGCGAAGGACCUCAUACCCUCAUUGGUUUUGGAUUCAGAAAAAUUUCACGCAAAGAGGAAGAAAAGUUGUUUAUUGACUCAGGUCCAGAUGUUGGACCCGAGUCUCUUUUCUUAAGCAGAACACAGAAGAUGGGUUUUUAGCAUGGCGGCAACCCAAAACAUAUCGCCAAGGCAACAAAGGCAGAAGCUGAUGGAGCGACCAUUUCCUCAGUCGAGACUUGAGCUUUAAGAGAAACCUAAAGGAUUACCAACAUUUCUAUAGAUGGAAGAGUUUAAAGUUCCUCCAGAGAUCCAAGUCUUGUUUUGAUACAAGGUCAAUUUAAUUAAUGUUGUGAAUAAAUUUUUAACUUUUAUCUAA